AUGAAUCAACGUCAAGAGACCUCAUUAACAGUAACAAGAAAAGCCAUAUUCUGGAAACCAUGUCGUCGAAUGACAGCCAUGUUAUGGUCAUUGCUUUUCGUUAUCCAAUUCUUUAUUAUUGGUAUUUUCAUUUACCAAGGGAGCUUUAAAAACUACGUGUAUGUUCAGUUGUCAAAAUAUCAGAAAGUCAACGAAGAGCAUUUUGAUAGUACGUUGGAGAAUUGUUUAAUCAGGGAUACGUCAGAGCCGGCACCAAAACCAAAAUGUCCUGUUAUUUCACCGUAUCUAAUUGGCUAUAGAAAACCUGUUAUGGACGAUGAAAUUCACUUAGUGGAGACAUUACAGAAAUACAGAUAUGCUCAGUGUGGGGGGCAAUUUCGUCCCUCGAACUGCGAAGCACGCCAGAAGGCGGCGCUACUAGUUCCUUUCAGGGACAGACAAGAACAUUUGAAAAUAUUUAUAAACCAUAUGCAUCCAUUUCUGAUGAGGCAGCAACUGGAAUAUAAAAUCUAUAUCAUUGAUUUGGAUAAAGAAAUUAGGUUUAACAGAGGUGUUCUGUUAAAUGUUGGGUUCCUGGAGGCCAGCAAGGAGGCAGACUUUGACUGUUACUUUUUACACGACGUCGAUCUCCUCCCAGAACACGAUCACAACCUUUAUCGAUGUUCUGAACUGCCGCGACAUAUGUCUGUAGCCGUGGACAAAUUCAACUACCGACUGCCAUACCUUACAAAUUUUGGUGGGGUGUCAGCCAUGACAAAGGACCAAAUUUUAUUUGUCAAUGGGUUUUCCAACAAAUUUAGCGGCUGGGGAGGGGAAGACGAUGACUUAUAUAAUAGGUUAAUAUUUCAUAAUAUGACAGUCCUUAGAAGUAUGCCCGACGUCUCAAGGUACAUAAUGCUGAAACAUGACCAAAGCCCGCCUAAUGCUGAAAGGUUCAAACUUCUCAGGACAGGCAUGGAAAGGGUUAUGCAAGACGGUAUCAAGAACCUGAAGUAUAAGAUCUCGAAUAGGACAGACUAUUUACUGUUUACUUAUAUUAACAUUUCUUUCUGA